GUUGAGACAAGUAAAUUUCAUAGAGAUUAUAUAUAUUUAUAUAUAUAUAUUAUUAUUAUUGUUUUUGCCAAGUGAUUAUCAUUAAAGGCAUCAUGGUGGUGCUGAAGAUCUCCGUGUUUCUGGUGGCCUACACCCUGGUCAUCUGCCAGAUGUACUGCUCACAGGCUGCUCCCGCCAGACCGGGCAUGGAGUCCAUGAGCGAGCGCGUGACCCUCACCGACUAUGAGGCACGGCGGCUCCUCAACGCCAUCGUCAAAGAGUUCGUCCAGAUGACAGCGGAGGAGAUGGACCAGCAGGCGGUGGAGGGAAACAGCAUGGACAGACCCCUAACCAAGCGCUGCUCCAACCUCAGCACCUGCGUGCUUGGCAAACUGUCCCAGGAGCUGCACAAGCUGCAGACCUUCCCCCGCACUAAUGUGGGCGCGGGGACGCCCGGGAGGAAGCGCAGUGUGCCCGCCGGCGACGGCUAUGCAAGCUACGGCGACACGUUUGACAGCAUCUAGAGA